GAACUUUUCCUUUCAUCCUUGUCUCUAUGUAAAAAAGAUCCCCGAGCCCCUACGAGAAUCCUUGUUAACAAAUACAAAUAGAGGUCCACACCUAGAAGCUUGAUAAGUAGCAACAACAAAAGAUUCCAUGAAGCUGUGAGUGUGACAAUUCAACACAAAGAACUACCGGGCAUUAGCGACUAAGUUUUCUUACCAUUCCAUCAUAGUCAAGUAAAUCAUUCAAAAUUCCCUUCUUUUCUCAUCAUCACCAUGUCCUCAAACCCCUUCACCUUCUUUCCCCACUUCGUCUUCUUCACACCCAUCACAUAAAACCUCUAUCUCCCAAUAUCCAUGCAUUGAAGGAUAAUAACGAACAUAAUAACAAUACAAUGAUGUGGAACUUGAUCAUAAAGUCCCAUGUUGAUAUGGGACUAUUUCAUUCAGCUUUCUCAUUCUACAAACAAAUGAGACUAAUGGGUGUUCCACAUGAUACUUUCACUUUUCCCAUUAUUAACCGGGCUUUAUCGUCUUUAAAGACUGAUUCUGUGUAUGGAAAGAUGAUCCAUUGUGUAGCAAUUCAAAUGGGUUUGGAUUUGGAUUUGUAUUUUUGCAAUACCAUGAUUGAUGUUUAUGUCAAAUGUGGCUGCUUUGAUUAUGGGCGCCACUUGUUUGAUUUAAUGUCUCAGAGAGAUGUGGUUUCGUGGACUUUGAUGAUUGAUGGGUAUGUUUCUGUGAGACGUGUUAGUGUUGCGUUUGAUUUGUUCAAUAAGAUGAAAAUGGAAAUGGAAAUGGAACCAAAUUCAGUUACUCUUAUUGUAAUGUUGCAGGCGUGUUGUGUGUCUGCGACGUUGAAUGAGGGAACUCAGAUUCAUGGGUAUCUAGUGAAAAGUGGGUUACUAAUAGAUUGGUCUGUGAAAAAUUCAGUUUUGAAAAUGUAUUCUGGUAAAGGAAGUGCUGAAGAAGUGGAACUUUUGUUUAGUGAGAUAAACCGAAGGGACGUGGCUUCAUGGAAUAUUUUGAUUUCGUUUUAUUCGUCAAAAGGGGACACGAUGAGAGUUGGUUGUUUGUUCAACGAAAUGCGGAGGCUAGAAUUGUGCUUGUGGAACAUCGAGACUUUAACGUUAGUUGUAUCAGCAUUUGCAAAGUCUGGUAGUCUUUUUGAGGGUGAAGGUGUGCAUUGCUUAGUGAUAAAAACAGGUUUUUUCGACGAUGUUUUGCAGACUUCUCUGCUUGAUUUCUAUUCUAAGUGUGGGAAAUUGGAAAUAUCAGUUCAACUGUUAAAGGAAAUUCAUUUUAAAAGUAACAUCACUUGGGGUGCUAUGAUGUCAGGUUUCAUUCAAAAUGGUUAUUUUAUAGAUGCCAUUUUUCUAUUCCAACAAAUGCAGACUGAUGAUCUUGUUAUUAUUGCUCCUGAAAUUUGGAGAAAUCUACUUGAUGCAUAUGCAAACCUAGGAGCUUUGAAAUUGGGAAAAGUGGUCCAUGGUUACCUUAUAAAACAACUUUUUGAUGAAUCUUUUCAAAGUAAUGCACACUUGGAUACCUCUAUCUUAAACAUGUACUUACGAGGCGGUAGCAUCUCUUCAGCUAGAGUAGUUUUUGAUAGGAUUCUUGUCAAAGAUGUUGUAGCAUGGACAACAAUGAUUGAUGGACUUGGUUCUCAUGGUUUCGGUUAUGAAGCCUUGAAUUAUUUUAAUUCAAUGAUUGAACAAAGAGUGCAGCCGAAUUCCAUCACCUUCUUGAGCUUACUGUCUGCUUGCAGUCACUCUGGUCUUGUUAGUGAAGGCUGCAGAAUUUAUCAUACUAUGAAAUGGGGUUACGGUAUUGAACCGGGUUUGGAUCACCAUACAUGUAUCGUUGAUCUUUUUGGUCGCUGCGGGAUGCUUAAAGAGGCGUUAGUCGUAAUAUUGAAAAUGAAAAUUCUACCUGAUAGUAGGAUUUGGGGUGCUCUUUUAGCAGCUUCUAGAGUUUAUGGAAAUAAAAUGAUUGGUGAAUAUGCAGCGCAAAGAAUUUUGGAGUUAGAAUCUGAUAAUGCUGGAUAUUAUACUCUACUGAGUAAUGUUAAAGCAAGUGUUGGAAGAUGGAAUGAAGUUGAAGAAUUAAGGAGAGUUAUGAGUGAAAAGAAGCUUAAGAAGAAACCGGGAUGGAGUUGUAUUGAAGUAAAAGGGGUUAUUCAAGGAUUUGUUUCUGGAGAUAUUUCACACUCUGAAGCAGAUGAAAUUUGUAAGAUGUUGUGUAGAUUGAGUAGAGCAACAUAGUUGUUCAGGGGAAAAUUUUACUCAUUUGAGAUUAUUCAUUUGGUUCAUUUGAUGUGUAGUUUUGUAUACUCGUUGUCUUGUUCUAAACAAAUUUGUCAUUCAUUGUUGCAAUAGAUU